AUGAAUAACAAUGAAACAGAUGUUGAAAUUGAAAUGUCAACAACAGUUGAUGAAAAGUGCACUCAACCAGAAACAGUGAUUCCACAAAUAACAAAAGAAGACUUGAAAUUAAUAGAGACUUCACAGUUUAUCAAUUUUCAUGUUACAAUGCAACAAAUCGUUUCGGUGGGAACAAACAAAACUCGUUCUUCUGUUCUUCGUACUUUUAGUCUUUCUAUAUUAGCAGGAAUGUUUAUGGCAAUAGGUGCAAUGAUGGCGAUAAGUGUCGGUCGUGCACUUCCAAAUGUCGAUAAUGGUGCUGUCAAAUUUAUUUUCGGCCUUUUUCUGAGCAUUGGUUUAAAUAUUGUUGUACUGACAAAUUGUGAACUAUUCACAUCAAAUUGUGCAAUCGUCAUCCCAUCAUUAUUGUCUGGUAAUUCAAAGUGGUAUAAUGUGAUCAAAAUACAUGUAAUAUCAUACUUCGGUAAUUUCAUUGGAGCAGUAUUUGUAGCAGUUUAUUUUGGUAAAUUUCUUGGGACUUUUGAAAGUGAAAUAUACACCAAAUCUCUUUUUAAACUUGGAAUAAAUAAAACAACUCACCAUUGGGGAAAAGCAGUGCUAAGUGGCAUUGGAUGUAAUUGGGUGGUCAGUACUGGCGUUUUUAUGAGUAACUGCUCAAGAGAUAUAUUUGGAAAAGUAGCUGUGGUUACAAUUUGUGUGAUGACUUUUGUCACACUCGGAUUUGAACAUUGUGUUGCUAACAUGUUUUUCUUACCAACUGCUCAGAUGUAUGGUGCUGAUAUUACUCUUGGUCAAAUUUUAUGGAAAAAUAUAAUUCCAGUCUCUUUGGGAAAUUUUAUUGGAGGAACAUUCUUUGUUGGAGUACCUUUUUGGUUUGCACAUGUGUCUAACGUGUACAAUUUUCCAAUCAUUGACAAGUCGAUUGUGUUAAAAUGA